GCUCGCGUACACGCGAGAGCAAGAUGAGCCAUUAGAUCUGGCGGGAGCGAUGUAACUUUCCCUGAGAGAGAGAAGUGGGCAAAAAAAAGAAAAAAGCAGCCGGAGAGCGUAACCAGUCCGCCACCUAGCUGCGGAGACGCGCCGAGCCGACGGGGCGCCUCCGUCGACUGGACGAUUAUGAAAACACCCGCGCCAAUGUUGUUGCACAGUGGGCUCUGCGCUCCCGAUGGGACCGAAACUCGGGUUUAGGGGGUGUUUUAACCUCUGCUGGCCUUUCGUUAUGUAAUCAAAGCAACAUCUCAUGCACCAAAGGCGGUGGAUAAAUUGCUGCUGGUGCGAAGAGACGCGCCUGCAGGACGGAGGAAACGCAGUUGCUCCGGGACGCGCUCCACUCGGAUUUAGUUAGCUCAAGCCUAAAGGACCGGGGAGCAGUCUUCCCCUCGCUGGAUGAAGGCACUCAGCUGUACUUGGACUGUUAAAGGAGCCGUUUUUAUAAGCUUUCUGAUCUACUUCAUCUUUCACACCACGAGCCCCUCCGGGCUCAUUUAAAAGAGUUAUACUGGGAAUCCCUCAGCACCCUACGACUCCCCCCUGACUUCUCUGAUGGACCAGAGAGUGAAGGGGGGAACCCCUCCAACCGCUGCCUCCACUCUGGACGCCACAUCUACGACGGAAGAGUCUGAGCAGAACCAAGCGGGAGAGAAAAACAGGAGAGGCGAGGAGGAGAAUGGCAACGUGGGGAUAAAAGAGGACGAGAAAAGAGAAGCCGGACGAAAAAAGGAAGGAGACAAGGGGGCAGUGCUGGAGUUGCUCAUCGAGGGGUGCUGUGGAAGCGUAGGGCAGCAACAGCUUCAGAUGUCUGGCAGGGAGACGAGCUGUCCCGACGGGAAUGUACGAGUGCGGAUCGGACUCCAAGCCAAACGCACCAAAAAACCACCCAAGAUAUUGGAGAGCUAUGUGUGCAAGCCCACCAUCAGGACCUAUCAGAGACAAGGCAGGGGGGGCGCACUGAGGGGAGAUGGAGAAGGAGGAGCGGGCCAGCAGAGUAAAAGCAGCUCUACCACAGACGAGGGAAACAGAGGCUUGGACGCCGUCCAGGCCGCAUCCAAAAAAGCUGCAUCUGCUGCUUCACAACCACUUACAUCAUCAUUAUCGUCCUCGUCAUCCCAACCACUGUCGUCGUCAGCAGUUACUACAGAGUCUGUCCCGGCCUCAGGCUCUGCCGUAACCAGCCAAGGGACCAAGACUGCCAAACAGGUUCCCAACAAGCUGGCUGAUAAGACAGAGGAGAAUUCAAAUGGUUUGUCAGAGGGAGUGAAGAAGGACAAGCUUCCAAACGUCAAUGGCCAGCCUAUUCAUAAAGGAUCCAAACCGGGCCCAGCCACAACAGAUCAGACAACUUCAACCACUCCAGCCACCCCAUGCAUCCAAACAGUCUCCACAGUGGAAACCAGGAAUGAUGCGAAUAGCUCCAAGAAACAUAAUGGUUUGGCUCCUACGGCAAAGCAGAAGGGACUAUCAAAUGGGAAAAGUUCUGCAAAAAUCCUUGGCAAUUCACCGUCAUCGAAAAACAAAGCUGGAAAACACAGCAGCUCCUUCUCCGUUUCUUCCAUGGACUCCUCAACAAGACUUCCAGUCUCCACUAGCGCCCAUAAAGAACUCUCUAGUAGGAUUAGGCCAGACUCUCCUUCCUAUCAGCCAGUCACCCCUAAAUCACAGUCCUCCUCUACUGGGGAUCUCUCCUCUGGCCAUUCCCAAGUGUGGGGUCCCUCUUUCCAGCUCCCACCAGAGAAAAAUAAAGAGAGGGACAAGAAAGCUAAGAAAGACAGAAAGAGAGAUAAAAAGUUGAAGUCAGAUAGGCUUGGGGUUGACAGAGCAAGGGGCGAGAGCAGAAAGGAAGAAGUCAAGAAGAAAAGGGAAAAGGGGAAGGAUGGAAAAUCAAGGCAUGAUAAAGAAAAGGAUGAAAGAUGCAGAACUGAGGAUUCACGCAGAGAUGAACUAAAGACUGAAAAAAGAAAUGUUGAGAAAAAGAGGGAAAAGCUUAGUCCGGAUAGACAAAGAACAGAGGAUCAUACUGCAAAAUGUGGUGAAACAGCUGGUAAACCAGACAAAACCUGUAAAGCAGUGAAUCAAAGCAGAUUAGAAGAGAAAGGAAAGACAGAUGACAGUUGCAAGCCAGCUAAACAAGCUGAGCCUGCAACAACAACAGGUGAUACCAGUAAAUCAAAAGAACAAGACGUCUCAAGACAUUCAACUGGGCCUCCAAUCCACUUCGCUUCCUCUGCUCCGCCCCCUUUGGCCACGCCUUCUGCUCAUGCUCCCAUUUCUCCCCCUUUUUCCCCCCAAGAGCAAGAUAGUCGACCACUCAAAAAACGUAAAGCCAGAAGACCCAGUUGGACAAAGUUAGUGCACCGUUCUCAGAGGGCAGAAAAUCAGGAGGCCCCUACCGAUUCACUACAUAAACCUUCAUUAAUUUUCCCCCCGGUCACCAAGACCCCCCUCCCGGGCAAAGCCAUCGCUCAGCAGAGUGAUGAGUCACACCCAGCACCCUCCUUAUCCGGCUGCUCCUCCCCUCUGUCUCAUGCAGUCAAAUCGCCAAUCUCAAAGGAGAAUUUAUCCACAUCAGAGCCGAGCCCCCCUGCUUCCAGAUCGACCGUAAAUGUAGCCCGAAAGAGGGGCCGUCCGAAAUCCCACAGCUUUAGCUUGGAUGAACUUCCCCCUCGACUUUCACCGAAUGGUAUCCCGACUGAGGCGCCUCCUCUGGGGUGUGACGGAGUUCAAAAAGCCCCUGUGCUGGAGCCAAGUCCCGUACUGCAGUGUGCAGCUCAGUCUAAAUUCAGCCUGAAGAAGCGCGGCCGUCCUCCCAAACGAGCACUCUCUGAGGACCAGAGUGCAGAUGCACUGAAUCAUACUGAUCACACGGAACGGAGUAAAGAUUUUCAUCCCUCUGAGAAGGGGAACCGGCAGCUAAAGAUCAGGAGACUGAUAAACGAAAUGAAGAAAAGGAAGAAGAAGAGAUUUCAAAAAGCAAUGCUGACUGCUUACGGAGGAAAGGAGAGGAAGGGAGACAUGGCAGCAGAUGGUGAAACCUCACUGAGAUUGUGUAAAUCGAUUGAAGCUACAACAGUACACACACUUUCAGCCCUAUCCUCCUCUUUUGGGAGCAAGCUGGGUCCUCAGAUCAAUGUGAGCAAAAGAGGGACCAUCUACAUGGGCAAGAGGCGAGGACGCAAGCCUAAAUCUCAAACAGCUCACCUAAAUUCCAGCUCCCAGAACUCCACUCAGCCGUCUCUGUUUACCAACCCUUCUGAGACGUCUCUCUUCUCAUCUAACCAACCGCAGCUUCCUCCCUCUCACCCCUUCCCUUCCCCAUCCCUGACCCACUCCAGUGGAGCCCAGAGUCCGUACAGUGAAGGAAGCUUGACGGAACCAACAUCUUCCCUCCUUUUUUCUCACCCGCUCUCCCUCCCUUCCCCAUCCUCCUCCUGCACAUCCUCCCGACCUCCCUCCUCCUCGUCCCUGUCUCCUUUCGUCAAGAAGAGUUGUCCAUGUCAGGGAAGGCAUCACUUCCCCUUUCACCAGUCUUCAUGUAAGCUCUCCUGUGCCACGCCGCCCAUGCAUCACACGCCGGGCUCUCCCGCUCAGCUGAAGGAGGCCACGCCCUCCCCCAGGAGCGAGUCACACAGUGACGAGACUCUGCCGAGCGACAGUGGGAUUGGAACCGAUAACAACAGCGUCUCAGAGCGAGGGGAGAUGACGGGAGCUCGAGGAAUAUUGAGGUUGGGCCAGGGAUCCGGGGUGAUUCUUGGGGGUCAAAGACUCGCUUCUUCUCUUGUGGACCGUCCUUCUCUUGUCUCACCCCCACUUUCUCACAUGGCCAGACACGGAAAUCCCAUGAGCAGCUCAAACACGGUGGAGCAGCACAGAGACAGGCACCGACACAGGCGUAGAGAGUAUGACCAUUCCUCGUCCUGCACUUGCCUGUGCCCUUGCCCCUGCCCGGGGCACAACAAGUGCACCCACUCCACCUAUUACCGUUGCCUUGGCCACAAUGCACUGAAGAGACAGAAAAAUAAACACAAGAAGAAGCACCAGCAGCUGCUCAUGCAGGAUCCAGAGUUUCUGGCAGAGCUAGAUGACCUGAUUGCUCAGUUCAAUCAGGUCCACAUCGGACGGCGAAGUUGGGCGAGGACUGGACUGGGUCAGGGCUUUGAUGGGGGCGCUGCCGGAGGAAGACGGCACCAUUCCUCCUCUCAUUCCCUCCGCUCCAACAUCUUCAGGAUCAAUCUCAAUGGCUACUACUCUCCCCAUCCUUCAUCUUUCUCUGCUAGUCCCUCUUUCACCCCCCAGCCUUUCUACCCCUGCCACUGUAACAGGAAGCCAGACCGCAGGCAAUGUGGCUGCUCAUCCAAGUUCCAGGAAGCUAUUGAAAAUAUGGGGUUUUACAGCAGCUAUCCGCCAGCUACCCCAGCACUCUACCACCAUCUUCCCAGCUCGUACCCACUUCCUCCCCCUCACCAGUAUGCGCCCCAUCAUGGGGCUCAUCACGCCCACUUCCUCCUCAACCCUGCCAGAUUCCACAGACGGAGGAGUAGGUUGCUGAGGGAGGGAGUUUUAGGAGGGGAGGUUGAGGGGGAUUUAGGGGGAGGCAGUGGAGGAGGCAGCUCAGGGUUCACAUCCAGUCUUUCUUGUGGCUGUGGGAGGAGCGAACACAAACACAAACAUAAACAUCGUCAUAGGCACUGCGAACGAGACAUGGACGAUGAUGAGGAGUUGCAUGAGGACGAGGAGGAAGAUGGAAUGGAGAGAGACGGGCGGCAUAGUUUAAAAGCACGUUCGGCGUUCAUUCUAGGGCAAGGAGAGGGAGGAAGAAAAGGUGCGAGAGGACCAGAGAGCAUGCUGGCUAAAGAAUCACCCUGGUUACGCCAUAAUGGAAAUGAAUCCUUCGCUUUUGGUACUUCCUCUACAUCAUCAUCUUCAGCAGAGAGGUACAAACAGACCUCUCUCACCUCACUGGGAUUAGGAUCUUCUCACCUGUCUUCAUUCGGAGGAGGCUGGGGUGGCUUGGGUCAGAGCUGGACAAAAUUCGGCAGCCUGGGAAGCCCGGGAUUUGGAAAUCCAAACCCCAGCUGGAGGGGCCUCAGUGGCGACAAGAACGCUAGCAGGGUGGUCGUGUCAGACGGAGAGGACGAGGACGAUGAGGACGAUAAUGACUCAGCCCUGUACGGGACGUCUCCAUCCCCAACUCACACCAACCUGUUCACUUCUGCUGCCAUGGCAACGUGGGGGAGAGGUCUCAGGGGCAGCCCGGCCAGUAAGACUCCAGGAAGUGGAGAAAGGUCAUGGAGAAGAAACGAGCCGGCGUGGACGGAGAGGAGAGAAACAGGUUUACAAGGUGACUCGAGAAGCCGGGGGCAGCAGAAAAGUGUGCCAACUCCAGACAGUGUGGUGGUGAAAAACAAAAGAAGGCCAGGGCGGCCCAGGAAGCACCCACUGCCCUCUACCGCGUCCUCCCCCACUCACUCAUCUGCAACGCCGCCUAGGUCAUUGGCUGACUUCUUGCCAGGGCGCAGCCACAACAGAGAUGGGAGAGAAGCAGGAGGGAGAAAAGAAGACUUUGCGCUUGAGAGAGGGGGAGGAGGAGGUGGGACAAAACAGCAGGUGACAGAGUUGGAGUUGCAGGCCAAGAGCAAAAGAGGACGGAAGAGAAAACAUAGCGACUCUUCUUAUUAUCAGAGCGUCACGGAUAAACCUGAGUGUGAUGCCGUCUCUGAAUGUCUCAGCCACUCAGAUGUCGACCAGGCUCCGUCCCAACCAGUAACCAUCCAAAGAGAGGACAAAACUGAUUCUGAUCCUCUCAGAAAGAAGUUCUUAAGGGCAGGGCUUUACUCUGACGAUUAUAAAACCACAGACCCCCCCUCCCAUGCCCAGAAGUACUGCAGCGACAGGGUGGAGUACACACCAGGGGAGCAGGAGUAUAGCCUUUUACCUGCUCCCUUACAUGUCGGAAAGUACCUGAGGCUAAAGCGAAUUCAUUUCCAGUUGCCCUAUGAUGUGAUGUGGCUGUGGCAGCACAACCAGCUUCACCGGCAGCCAAAUGUACCCCUGAGGAGGAAACGGCGCUACUGCCGCAUGAAAGAGAGGGCUUCGUCCUCCCAGCAGACAGUGGAGGAGAGCUGCAGCGACAUCGCCAGCUUAUUCCCUCAUCUCGACAUGGAGCCUUUGACCAGCAGCGAGAGGAGCUUCGUGGUGAGACACCACGUGUUCCUCGUGAGGAACUGGGAGCUUGUGAGGGACCGACAGAUCCGAAUGAGGAUACAAAGGGAGAGGGAAAGAGACGAGGAGGGAGAAGAGGGAGACUUGCAGCAUCUGUCUUGUGAUGGAGCCGAUGGGGACGACAGCCACAUCAAGUCAGAUCAGUCGGUGGGGGUGGAGGUGACGGUUAUAACCAGUGACCCCCACCACCAAAGUCAGGACACCUCCAGCUCGCUCACUGCCAGCCCCUGUCCCACCAAAACCCAGAACAGAAAAAAGGAGGAGGGAGAAAGAAUAAAUCAAGGGGAAGAAGUCUGCAGCAAAGAACGGAGGAGGAAACGGCUGAAUGAUUUACUUUUGACCCUGCAGCAUUCAUAAGCUAACAGAGGCAGAGGUGGAACCACUCUGAGAAAGGGACCAGGCCCACCACUGGACAGAUGUACAAGGACUGAUGUCACUGCACUGCCAUGAACAAUAGAAAUGCCUCAGAGAAACAGUAGACAAAAGACAAGGAGAGCUUGAAAAUCACAGCAGCUGAAAAUGCAGGAAAGGCAUCGCCCACACCUGACAGGCGAGUCUGUUGAACCUUGCACUCUGAAGGGCAUCACAAGAAGGAUGAAACCAUGGCAACAUGUAUUUUGUCCGAGCAGUGAGAGAUGAGAGAAACGGAGAUGGACUGUCCUGGAUGAAAGAAAGAAACAGACCAGCUGAAAUGAAUUUGCACUAGUGCUGGAUGAACAAGCACACUAAAGACUGUAUGUAUGCUGAGUGGACACACUAUACACACAAACAUACACACACACACACACACACACACACACACACAUAUACAGUUUUAAUGCUCUUACUUCAGCACCUUAAGCAAAUUGGGGAAAGACACAUAUUGCACCAGAGGCUGGAAGUGGACAUAUAUGGUACUCAGCAUUUCAGCUCUGAAGUUUCAAAGAGACUAGGAGCUCACACUCUGCCCGGGAGGAACACAAAUGUAGCCCGGGCCCUAAGUAGGUCAAAAUUGAACCCUCAUUUAAGCUUUCAAAGUCAAACUGCACCUUUGGGAACCGGAACAAGGAGAAGUGAGCCAGUUAAAAGCUGUUGAGACAGUGUUAGGGUUUUGCUUCACUUUUAAAAGAAAGUGUCUGCUAUGUACCAGUGAAUGGGCUGGGGAGGGGAUGGGCCUAGCAAUAGGAAUUUUGGCAUUGCUGCAAGAGAAUUUCUAAUGAGGUUUUAAGAAAGAGGUUAUUUUUGGAAAAGAAAGAAAGAAAGAAAGAAAGAGAGACAGUUUGGCACUGUCUGUUGUACAAAUGGACAAAAUAUAUCAGCGAUAGGAACUUUAAUUGUUAACUAUUUUCAGUAUUGGUCUUCUGAAGGAGGGGAGGUGGAUGUGUAAAAAGUGGUUUUGUUUACUUUAGACUGCCUUUGAGAAUGUUUCACUCUUUGCUUCAGAGCAUUGACAAUCUGAAUGUCCUUGGAUGGGGGGCGGGUGGGGUGGGGGACGACUGACGGAAAGGGAACGGAAGCUACGAACCGAUGUACCCCAAAUGCUCUGCAGAAGUGCCAUGAUGUUUUGUGUGCAUAGCUAAGAGAACUCAUGCAGUCUUUAAAAGCAAUAUCUCCUCUGAUAAGGACUAUAUAAGAACUUCAGUUGUUUUUGUUUUGUUUCAUUUAUCUUAAUUUUUUUUAAAUUGGUGAAUAUUUGUCAAUCGGAGGUUAUUUUUCUGUACAAAUGCAUCGUAGAAAGCUCUGAUCUUAUGAGCAAUGGGGGUGAUCCACUUAGUGGAAGUAAGCGUUCAUUUUCGUGUGAAUGUACAGUACAUCGUGAGAUCUUUUUUCCUUCCAUCAGCAGUAGCUUGUAAAAAGAGUAUUAUACAUGACAGUACUAUCUGGAUUAUACAUGAAGCUAAUAAUCAAAUAUUUCAUUUAAUGAGAUGUUUUUUAACAUAUUGUCAAGCUGACCAAUAUAUCAGACAUUUCUCCUUACAACUGACUAUGAUUGUAUAUGUUUUUUUUUUUUUUUUUGUAAAGUUACAUAUUUUGUCUCUCGUUUUCUUUGUUUUUUUGUUUUUUCCCUUAGCUGAGUGUACUUUUGUUUUUGGUCAGACAAUCAGUGACAGUGAAUUAGUUUUUCCAGUGUUAAAUUUCUGCUGUCCUUCAGUAGUGUGGCUUCUAAUAACAAGCCAAGAAAGUGCAAUUUCUUUGACUGUUUACAGACUGUAUGUAUAUUUUUCCUCUUUCCUUUUUUAAAACUAAGAGCACUACAUUAUUGCCAGUGGAUGAUUAACUUUAUAGCAAAGGUACACAUAAAGAGUUAUUUAUCUAGUUUGCAUGACAUGUAACCUUUGCCUGUUGCCUCUGAUUUUGUGCAUCUGAAAAACAAAACAUCAAAACAACUCGAUGCCAUAGAAUGUCAGUACAGACUUUUUGCCUCUAUAUCCAUGAUAAUAAAAGUAUUUUAUGUCUACUAGUACUACACCUGG